AUGACCCACAGUCAGGCGAUGACUCCACCGGCAGAGAUGAAUCAGACUUUACCCAAGCCCUCUCAAAGAGCACCAGUUCAAAUCAACAUUCAGAUUCUAGUCCACUCCACAAGGAUCCUGUGGUAGUGCUAACCAGGUUGGCUGAUGUAAGUAGGAUUAGUGUUUUCUAAUGUGUCUAGUAUUGUGGCAAUAUCAUUAAGAUUGUUAAUGCAUACUUGUAUUUCUGUCUCUUUCUAAUCCACAAGGUGGUGGUUAAGACACUUCUGAGAGACAUUAAAGUGUGUUUGGUGAAGGAGGAGACUGAUGCCAGGAGGGAUGAAUGCAACAAUGGAGGUAGGACAUAUUGUUUAACAUACUCCAGUCUACUCCCAACAGUGCAGUUUAAAUGAUUGAUGGUUACUGGAAAAUUCAUAUUAACAAGGUUUUAAUUUGAUAUGGGCAAUGACUAUUGAAUGAGGAAAUUGACAUUUGCCAUUAUUGUCUCUUCCCUUCCUCCCCUUUUGUCAUACCCAUCUCUUCUCUCCCUCUAUCCCUCACUCUCAGUUUCUUCUCAGUUUUUUCCUUGUCCACACUGCACCAUCUCCUUCACUGACUGUUACUUCCUGGAGAACCACAUCAAGACCAAACACCAGAAGCAGUACCUGGCCAUGUUGAAAAGCCAAGUCUCAAAGAGUAAAACCGUGUACGGCCCCACACACAGCUGUCCCCACUGUAGCUGCAUGUUCCAUACACCACGACAGCUAGACAUUCACACCCGCAAGGCCCACCCCUCUGCCCUUCCCCAAAAACCUGCCCCUCCCCGGAAACCUGCCCGUCCCCACAGGGUUCAGGAGAAGUUCCACACCUGCCCGCAGUGUUCCCGCAGAUUCAAGUACCUGGGCAGCCUGCUGAAGCACUGCAAGAGUUUGCACAAAAUGGCCGUUGCUCUCACCGAAGGACACAUCAGUUGCGCGGACUGUGGGAAGAGCUUUGAGAAUUGCUGGGGCCUGGGGCCUCACCGGUGUCACGAACCAGAGGGUUCUAAACCUAAGGACACUAAGCCUGUGAUCUGUCUGGAAGUCGGCUUCCAAUGCUUAGAGUGUGGCAAGAUCCUCACUACUCCUACGAACCUGAACGCUCACAUGCGCAUCCACACCGGAGAGAAGCCUUAUGUCUGCAAGGAGUGCGGCAAGCGCUUCUCAGGUACCAGCGCUUACCGUUAUCACUUGUUAAUACACAAUGGGGUCAAGCCAUUCAAAUGCCAGGACUGCGGGAAGUCUUUCAAACAGAAGACACUCCUCAGGAAACACAUGACUGUUCACUCUGGUGAGAGGAAGUACUCUUGCUCCCAAUGUGACAGGCAGUUUGCAUACAGGGAGAGUCUGAAGCUUCACCUGCGCACGCACUCAGGGGAGAGACCUUUCAAAUGUACGGUGUGUGGUAAAGACUUUGCUGACAAAGGUUAUCUGCAAACUCAUCUGAAGAUCCACAGCAACCAGAAAAACUACCAUUGUGGGGUUUGUGGGCAGAAGUUCAUAAGGAUUGGGGUGCUGAACACACACCUGCGCUCACACACCGGGGAGAGGCCUUACCACUGCACAGUGUGUGACAAGCAAUUUUCCCGACUCGAUCACCUGAAGAACCACCAGCGCACUCACACAGGUGAGAAACCAUACACCUGUACAGAGUGUGGUAAAAGCUUCACUCAGUCUGGAGAUCUGGCCAAACACAAGCGCCUCCACACUGGGGAGAGGCCAUUUGAAUGUUCUGAAUGCCACAAACGGUUUAUCUGCUCUGCUUCUCUGACCCUGCACAUGAGGACCCACACUCACCGUGAUGUAAAGCCAUACUCCUGCCAAGAGUGUGGGAAGAGCUUUUAUGAACAGAGUCACGUUAAAGUCCACAUGAAAAUCCACAAGGGGAAACCGUAUUCCUGCCCCCACUGCUUUGCCAGCUUUGCUCGCAAGUCCAACCUCUCCAAACACCUGCUUAGAUGUCGUAAACCUAAAUGA